AUGAGCCCGUGCGAGUGGAUGGAGACGCCGAGUGUCAUGCUGGACGAGCAGCGGCUGCUGCACAAUAUCGAGCGGAUGCAGGCGCUGGCGACGUCGAACCACUUGAACGCUGGAGCCUGCGGUCUCACCGUCUCAAAGCCGUCUGAAGCUCUGCAGUUCCUGCGCGGUGAUGUGCCCGGACUGAAGAGUGUGACGCUGGCGUACCCCGUAGUGCAGAGCAACAAGGUGCAGGAGGUGCUCAAGGCUGCGCGGGAGGCUGGCGUGGAGUUCUUAUUGACUGUGGACAGCUCUGAAGGAGUUAAUGCAGCACAGAAGGCAGCUGAAGCUUGUGGCGUCAAGGUGAACCUCCUGAUCCAUGUGGAUGUGGGAUACCAUCGAGUGGGCAUUGAGGAGGACGACCCGCGGCUUCUUCAGCUGGCGCAGCGGAUCGACAAGACGAGUAGCCUCGAGUUCCGCGGUCUGCUGUCUCACGCAGGCCUCGGGUAUCGCUGCAAGUCCGUGGCGGAGUGCUCUGAAGUAGCGGAGACAGAGAGGCAGAUCAUGGCCCGCAUUAAGGAAACGCUGGUGGCGAAUGGAUUCGCGGUUCCUAUCGUUUCUGUGGGCAGCACGCUGACGGAGCCCGCUCGCAAGAAUUUUGAGGGGAUUACAGAGAUCCGCCCUGGAAACUACGUGUUCCUCGACCGCACUCCGGUGCGCAUGGGGCUGUUUACGGUGCAGGAUGUGGCACUCACCAUUUUGGCGACGGUUGUUGACGCUGGAUCCAAGGUGUUGAGCUCUGAUGGAGCGCGAUCGGCUGGCGAUUUCGGCUCGUCAUGCUACGGUCUUGCCUUCUAUGAGAAGGAUUUUGAGCGCGUUGUGAAGGAACCGACCCAGAACAAAACUCUGCUGGAUGACGGCCAGGAGCUUAUCUGCUUUGAGGUUACCAGUCUGUCGGAAGAGCAUGGCUGGGUGAAGAAGAUCGAUGGCAUUCCCUCGUCAGCCAUCGGGGAGCGCCUGGUUAUCGUACCCAACCACUCCUGUGUGGUGUCGAACCUCACCAAUCAAUUCUACGUGCAGGGUGAGCAGCCUAAGAGCUGGAAGUUGUUGUCACGUGGAUGCACGCAGUAA